AUGGCCACCAACAUCACCUACCACGCCAGCGCCCUCACCCGCACCGAGCGCAGCGACCUGCGCUCCCAGCGCGGUCUCACAAUCUGGCUGACGGGUCUCUCCGCCUCGGGCAAGUCCACAUUGGCCGUUGAACUCGAGCACCAACUCCUCCGCGACCGCGGCGUGCACGCCUACCGUCUGGACGGUGACAACAUCCGCUUCGGACUCAACAAGGACCUUGGCUUCAGCGAAGCCGACCGCAACGAGAACAUCCGCCGCAUUGCCGAAGUGGCCAAGCUGUUCGCUGAUUCCUCCGCCAUCGCCAUUACUUCCUUCAUCUCCCCCUACCGCAAGGACCGCGACACCGCUAGACAGCUGCACGAGGUGCCCACGCCCGGAGAGGAGACUGGUCUGCCGUUCGUCGAGGUGUAUGUUGAUGUGCCGGUUGAGGUGGCGGAGCAGCGUGAUCCCAAGGGAUUGUACAAGAAGGCUAGGGAGGGUGUGAUUAAGGAGUUCACGGGUAUUAGUGCCCCGUAUGAGGCGCCGUUGAAGCCCGAGGUUCACAUCAAGAACCAUGAGGUGCCGGUGCAGGAGGCUGUGGGGCAGAUUAUUAAGUAUUUGGAUGAGCAGGGAUAUCUGCCUCCUAAGAAGGAGUAG